AGCGGCCAUGGCGGCAAAUUUUGGAGACUGUGCCGGCGGGUUCCGCCACGACGAGGUGAUCAGUUUCAUCAACAACGAAGUCCUCCUGAACGGAGGUGGCCGUGAUUUCUACACGACCCUCCGCUCGCAGUCCUGGAACGAAAUCGAGGACCGACUUCAGGCCGUCCUGACCGACCCGCAGGUACCGCGCAUGCGCCAGAGGGCCAGCACCUGGAGCGCGCUCGCUUUGGGAGUGCGCGUGGCCGCGAGGCAGCGUGAGCAGUUAGUGUGCCAGGUCCGGCAGCUGCAGGACCGGGUGGAGGAGCUGGAGGAAACCGCCUCGGGUCUGGCUCCAGAGCUACAGAGGCUUCACGUGGAGCAUGAGAACAUGACCUUGCAGCUGUACUUAACACGGACUGCCCUGGAGCAGGCGCUGAAUGAGCGUGAUAUGCUUCACUCACAACUGCCCCUGGUUGCAGGGUCGGUCCAAGUUGCCCGAAUGAGCCAUGAAAUGAUGCCUGGGCCUCAACCCGGGUGGUUCGGGGCCUCAGCAUGGCCCCUGAAUGAAGAGCAGCAAAGAAAUAUGGAGGCCAUGGGGAUGCCUGGCAGUCCCUGGGCCCAGAACAUGCCACCACCUCUGCCAGUGUUAGUGCCAUACUCAUUUCCAUUUCACCCACCAUUUCCACCGGAAUCCCCAUUCUUGCCACCUCUACCACCAGGAGCAGUAUUCAUGGAAGCAGGAGGGGCAGUAAUGCUACCUAACCCGCCUCCGGGGUUCUAUACCCCUAACCUGCCUCCGGGGUUCUAUACCCCUAACCUGCCUCCGGGGUUCUAUACCCCUAACCCGUGGGCUGCAGUGUGGGCACAGGAGGAGAUGGCCCCACUGUGGAACCAUAGGAUCCCCAGCCAAGAGGAAGGCCCUGAAUUCCUUCAGGGUACAGUCCCCUUUGGGGACAUCAGAAGCCUUAGCCAGGAACAAGAUCUAGAGAGGCCACAGGGCAUGGUGAACCUGAGUGAUAAUAGGAAUCACAGCCAUGAAGACAGUGCAGUGGGGCCCCAGGGGAUAGUUCCCCUUUGGGAUUGCUGGAGCCACAGCCAAGAACAACAUCUAGAGAGGUCCCAGGGCAUGGUUACCAUGAGUGACAUCAGAAACAGCCAGGAGGAAGGCCCAGAGAGACCCCAGAAUAUGGUCCCCCUGGAGGCUAGUGGGAGGCAGGGCCAAAAAGAAAGUUCAGAAAGACCUCAGGGGGUGGUUCAUCUAGGGGGAAACAAAAGCCACUGCCAGGAAGGAGAUCCAGAGAGUCCCCAGGGGACUGUCCCCCUUGGAAGCAGCGGGAGCCAGAGCCAGGAAGGAGAUCCAGAGAGUCCCCAGGGGACUGUCCCCCUUGGAAGCAGUGGGAGCCAGAGCCAGGAAGUUCCAGAGAGUCCCCAGGGAACUGUCCCCCUUGGAAGCAGUGGGAGCCAGAGCCAGGAAGUUCCAGAGAGUCCCCAGGGAACUGUCCCCCUUGGAAGCAGUGGGAGCCAGAGCCAGGAAGUUCCAGAGAGUCCCCAGGGAACUGUCCCCCUUGGAGGCAGCGGAAGUCAGAGCCAGGAAGGAGAUCCACAGACACCCCAGGGGACAUCCCUGGGGGGCAGAACAAGGCAUGACAUGAGAGAAAAUAAAAAGAAACAGCAGUUUUGGAGGCAGAAGUCCAAGCAACCAGAAGGGAUAAGAGCCUCAGAAUCCCAGCACCAUGAGAUGUCUGCCUUAUACUACAAUGGACAGAAAUGGCACUGCAAUUGGUGUAGAGGUGUAAAUUUUCCAUGGCGCAAGUUCUGCCAUGUUUGCAGGAAAUUCUGUAUUUGAGAGUGGAGACCUGGACCCAGGACAGACUUAUUUCAGGAAGGUAAGUAAGAAUGUAAACAUUACAAAGAAAAAUAAGUUUUCCUAGGACAACCUUCUGAUCAAAAAGUAACUCAUUUACUUUACAAAAAUUUUGAAACCAAAAUUAUCAUAGAAAAAAUUAAAUAAAAUAAUCCAUUAUUCCAUUACUCAAACUAACAACUUUUUAUCAUGGUGGGUACACACACAAACACAUAUGUAUUUAUAUUAUUUUUUCUUUUAAAUUAGAUUUAUUGGGGUAACAUUGUUUAGUAAUAUUUUUAAAAAUAAACUCGAACAAAGAGAGAAUGUUUUUUAAUAUCACACUCUUUAAAUAGGGUAUUUCUCCUAGUUGCAUUUAAGUAUGCAGGUGGUCUAGUCUGGAUGGCUGAUGCUGAUUGGUUGACACCCUGGAGAUGCUGAAGUCAUGAAGCCUUUUUCUCCUUUUCACUCCUUUCUGUUGUCUUUAACCUCCUUUUCCUGAUAAUGCCAUAUCUUUGGCUGGGAAGAGCCAUGGGUUUUUUAGAGUUAUACGCUAUAUUGAAUUUUAGAAGCACUGCUUUUCCUUGAAAAUGCUAUUGUUCCUUUGUAAACUACUGCAGUGUUCAUGUUUGCUUGUUUUUUGUUUGUUUGUUUGUUUUUUUAAGUCUUACAGGUGAAGGCCUGAUUUUGUGUUUCUGAGUCUCACAGAAUUUGCUUGUUGCUGAAGAAGCUGAACCUGCCCCAUGAAAAGAUCUCCCAAGAGCCUAAAGAUAUCAAACCAGCCAAGAAGAGUGAGCAGUCAAGAAAGAAGAAAUGUGUUGGCAUUCAUCAGGGGGGAGAAUGGGGGCAAAAUAAUUUUGUUAAAAUUUAAUUUCUCUGUUGGGACAAGGAAUUAAUUGAUAAUAUUGCAGUGUUAAAUCCAUAGAUAGCAAAUUCAAUGAAUUUGAUGAAAUUUAUUUAAAAAAGUUAUUCUCUAGCAUGUGUUUGGAACUAGACUUAUAUGUUAAAUAUCUGGUGUACACGCCCUGGCCAGUUUUCGCAGUGGUUAGAACAUUAGCUCAUGCACCAAAGGAUUACAGGUUCCAUUUGUGGGCAAGGGCAUGUACCUGGGUUGUGGGCUCCAUCCCUAGCCUCACUAUCCCUGGCCUCAGUUGGGAGGCAACCAAUUGAUGGAUGUGCCUCUUGUCAUAUCGAUGUUUCCCUCUCUCUCCC